AUGACUACCAUGAACCUGGGGACCCUCAGCCCCACAGAGGACGACAACAAGCUCAUUGACCUCAAGCAAGCCACUUUCCAAGUCACACCCGUCAAUACUGUAACGCCAUCACUUACGCCGACCUCACCACCAGAAGGAGAUACCAUGGCAGGGAAGAAGCUGUACUCACUGGAAAAGCCAGAUGACAGGGCAAAGGAAUUGGCCUCAAAGUUGACCCUCGAAGAACAGAUAUCACUACUCGCGGGAGCAGACUUUUGGCGGACAAUGCCCAUCCCUGAUAAGGGGAUACCAUCAAUAAAAACGACAGACGGUCCUAAUGGCGCUCGCGGAGAGUUUUUCACAAAUGGCACACCUGCCGCAUUAUUCCCAUGUGGUAUCUCUAUGGCCUCAACAUGGAAUCUGGACAUGAUGGAGGAGAUUGGACGGCACUUGGGAGAAGAGUGCAAGGCUCGCGGCGCGAAUGUGUUGCUUGCACCUACAGUCUGCAUGCACCGCUCACCACUCGGUGGACGAAACUUUGAAUCUUACUCCGAGGACCCUUUUCUCACAGGGAAACUUGCCGCUUCGUACGUGCGUGGUCUGCAAAGCAAAGAUAUCGCAGCGACUAUCAAGCACUUUGUCGGCAAUGAGCAGGAGACAGAACGCCAGGCCUACGAUGCUAUCAUUGCAGAACGACCACUUCGGGAAAUCUAUCUCAAGCCGUUUGAGAUUGCUGUCCGCGACGCAUCGCCGUGGGCGCUCAUGAGUUCUUACAACAUGAUAAAUGGCAUCCACGCCGACGAGAGCGAACAUACCAUCAAGGAGAUUCUGCGUGGCGAGUGGGGAUGGAAUGGAGCAAUCAUCUCUGACUGGACAGGCACAUACGCUACCGCACCUUCGAUAAAAGCCGGCGUCGACAUCGAAAUGCCUGGUCCUUCCAAGUGGCGAAAGUUUGAGCAGGUCAAGGAGGCACUUGACAAUGGCGAACUGGACCGAGAUGACAUCGAAAAAUCCGCUGCCAGGGUACUCUACCUGGUGGAACGUACGAAAGGACUGGGUAAUGAGACCCCGGAAGCCCCUGAACAGUCGAUCGAUAACGUUGAGACAAGGAAUCUCAUUCUGCAAGCUGGUGUUGAAGGACUUACGUUGUUGAAGAACGAGAACAACGUACUACCGAUUAAGAAUGCGAAGAAGAUCGCACUCAUAGGGCCUAACGUCAAGCGAGCAAUUGCAAAUGGUGGCGGCAGCGCUGGGCUCAACCCCUACUACCGAACAAGCCCGUGGGACGGAAUGCGCAAUCGAUUCGAUGGUGAACUCACAUUCGCGCAGGGUUGCGAUAGCUCGAAGUGGCUGCCGCUCGCUACACCAUACUGCACGGCUCCAGAUGGGCAGCAAGGUGUCCGACUGGAGUACUACCGCGGAGACAGGUUCAAGGGCGAGCCAGCAGUUGUCCAGCACAAAGUUAGCACAGAUCUCUGGCUGUGGGAUUCUGCACCGAUGGAACUCUUACCAGCGUUCUCUUUCAAGGUCAAAUCGAUUCUUACCCCUAAAACGACCGGCAACCACAGCUUCAGCUUCGCUUCCGUAGGUCCUGGACGCAUGUAUCUCGAUGGCCAACUCUUCAUCGACAACUGGGACUGGACCGAAGAAGGCGAAGCUAUGUUCUCAGCAUCCCAAGACGUCCUCAAAUCCAUCCACCUCACUGCCAACACCCCCGUCGAUAUCCUCAUCGAAUCCACCAGCGAAGUCCGCCCCGCCUCCAAAGUAUCCAUCAUCGGCCGCCGCUACGACUACGGCGGCUGCCGCAUCGGCUACCAAGAAGAAGACGCCAUCGACCGGCUUCAAGAAGCCGCCUCCACUGCGCGCGCCGCCGACGUCGCCGUCCUCGUUGUCGGCCUCGACGCGGAAUGGGAGUCCGAAGGGUAUGAUCGGCAGACGAUGGAUCUGCCCAAAGACGGCAGUCAGGACCGCCUCAUCGAAGCCGUGCUCGCAGCGAACCCACGCACCGUCGUCGUCAACCAGUCCGGAACACCCAUCUCCAUGCCAUGGGUGCACCGCGCGCCCGCGAUCCUGCAGGCGUGGUACCAAGGCCAGGAAGCGGGUAAUGCGCUUGCAGAGGUGCUGUUGGGCAAUGCGUCCCCGAGUGGGAAGUUGCCGACUACGUUCCCGGUGCGCAUCGAAGAUAAUCCCGCGUUCCACAAUUGGCCGGGUGAGAACCUCAAAACCGUGUACGGCGAGGGGAUCUAUGUUGGAUACAGACACUACGAGCGCAGCCGCAUUGCGCCGCUGUUCCCGUUCGGACAUGGUCUGACGUAUACCACGUUUUCCUACGGCGCACCCACGCUGUCGAGCACCGUGCUCACCGAGACCGGGCACCUCACGCUCAGCGUACCAGUGACCAACACCGGCAGCGUGGCUGCCCACGAGAUCGUGCAGGCAUACGUGAAGGAUGUAAAGAGCAGUCUGCCGCGUCCGGAGAAGGAGUUGCAGGCCUUUGGCAAGGUGUUCUUGCAGCCCGGCGAGACGAAGACGGUGAAUAUGAAACUAGACAAGUACAGUGUUGGGUAUUUUGACACGAGCUUGGGACAGACAGGCGCGUGGAUUGCUGAGGAGGGCAUAUUUGAAGUCUUGGUUGGUGCGAGUAGUGCGGAUAUCAGGGCGAAGGUGAGCUUUGAGGUCAAGGAGAGCUUCCAGUGGAUCUUUUAG